GGGGAACGGCGUCGCGUCACGUGAGGCGGGCGACAUGGCGGCUCCCGCAGAAGGUACUGAUCUGGAGGCCUCGCUUCUGAGCUUCGAGAAGCUGGACCGCGCCUCCCCGGACCUGUGGCCAGAGCAGUUGCCUGGGGUUGCCGAAUUCGCCGCCUCCUUCAAAAGCCCUAUUACAAGUUCCCCUCCCAAGUGGAUGGCUGAAUUAGAAAAUGACGAUAUCGACAUGUUAAAGGAGCUGGGGAGCCUCACUACCGCUAACCUAAUGGAAAAAGUUCGUGGCCUGCAGAACCUGGCUUAUCAGCUGGGACUGGAUGAAUCUAGAGAAAUGACUCGAGGGAAAUUCCUGAACAUCCUGGAAAAACCCAAAAAGUAGCUGCUACAUCUGGAAUUUGGACAGAAAUACCCCAGCUAGAUCAUUUUAUGUACUGCGGAUCCAGAUGAAACCUAGAACUUCUGCAAACCUCUUGCUCUAGACCUCCAGAAGCAAGCAUCACUUUUCGCUUCCACAGCUCAUUUCCUUACAGAGAUGUAUGGCAUGCACAUGUCACAAGGACUGCAAUUGGUUGUGUUGAACUUUGGACUUCAUCUGACCCAAAGAUGUCCAACAGGAGGACUUAGCCCUGACAUGCUGUGGCAAAGUUACCUGUCCUAAUCAGCUAUUCGGAGGGAACAGCCAUAGUGUCCUUACUCAAUUGCUGUCAGUGGCAGCACCUGUUUGAAGUACACAGCAGACCUGUCUCAUAAGGCAUUGGCCCUUUGAGCAUCCUUUCUUAGAUGUACUGAUUUCUUAUGUGCAGCUUCUGUGCUGAAAGAUUUGAGCAUAAUUUGGGGUGUGGAUUGACCAAGAGCACUGGUUCAGCAGGAGCAUAUGCUUUUAGUGUAGAAGCUGAAUGUAGUCUGUGCAUUAAAGUUACUCACUGCCUUUGAGAAGCGUGUCUGGUACUCUGAGGAGGACCUCCAGAGCUUUGGUGUAGCAGCAGCUUCAUCUCACUGCCAAACAGCUCUCUAGUGAAAUUGAGACUGACAAACCAUAGGAAGUAAGAGGUAUUACUGUGGCAUGAAAGAAAAUACCCCUACAGAAAGUUCAGUGAGUACACAGCUUUGUCAGCCCCCUGCCAUUCUCUGCUUCUUACAGAGCUAGAAACUGAAGUAAAUGAAAAAUUGAAAGGCAAUAAUAUUUUCUGGUAGUGCUCCAAGAAGGACCAGCAGGACUGUUAGCCACAUUGCGAGGGUGGUCCGCUUAUACAGGAUCUUACAAUUUCUGAAAGUAACAUUUUGUGGUAUUUUUAAUAACUUCUAAAGCAGCAACCCCCAAAUUUGCUUUCCCUACAAACCCAGAAUUUUUAAACAGAAUUUUCUGUGACCUGGUCUCUUUCAGCACACAGUUUUGGGUUUAUUAAUCUUAGUUUAAUGCCUUUUCCUUCUGUUAAUGCACAUUAAUGUUAAUGUUGCCCCCUGAGACGAGAGUGAAGGGACAUGGUCAGACUUUUUGUUUAAUUUAAGAGAAAAAAUUUUUCAUUUCAUCCUCUUCCCUUGUCUUAGAAAACAACAUUUUAAGCAUUAGUACAUACGUUCUUUUUAAGGCACAACAUAAUAUUGAAGCACUGGAUGGAGAGCAGGGUUUUUUCUCUAUUUAGGGAUGUUAUUCUUCCCAUGCAGGCUUUUUAAAACUUGUAAUUUCCCAGGCUGCAGUCACAGGUGAAAGGAGAAAUGACUUGGAAAUAGUACAUGUAACAGUCUGCGCUAAAGCAUUGCGUUUUUCUGUCUUUGCAGAGAGAGGUGACUCUUCUCAGAUGUAUGUGCCAUAAAGAGGAGAUUUUUU